CGUCAACAUCCUCCUGUAAUUUAGCUUGUCUCCUUCGCCCCAAAACCUGCCUCAAAAUAGGCUACACAUAGACAAGGAUCCAACAGUUUCUCUCGCAACCUUACUAACGUUACCAUUGUCUUAUCCCCGAUUAUGGUGCUUGAAUGCAAUACUGGAAUUCGCAUUGUCCCUUCCUGGUUCAAUAUGGGCGGAACAGCAUUUCCGAAAGCCCUGAAUGAAGAAAACCCACCUAAACCGCCAGUUUGCGAGUCUCCGAAAAAGUUACCACCAGGACCAUGGUCAUUACCAUUUAUCGGUGACAUCCUUCGUAUUGAUCCAACAAAAAUCCAUUUUCAGUUGGCAAAGUUUGCUGAGCAAUAUGGAGACAUUUUUAGUAUUCAUUUGGGAACAAGGAUUGUUGUCCUAAAUGGCCUCAAACGAUUGAAAGAAGCCUUUAUUCAACAUGGUGAAAAUUUUGUGGAUCGGCCCUCAUUCCCAUUGAUUGAAGACAUUGUCCAUAACAAUGGUUUGGUUAUGUCCAAUGGGUAUGCAUGGAAGCAGCAGAGGAGGUUUGCUCUCAUGACACUGAAGAAUUUUGGAUUGGGCAAGAAGAGUCUUGAGUCUUCCAUCCAGGUAGAAAGUAAAUGGCUGAGUGAAGCCUUCAGGAAUGAACAAGGCCAAACAUUUGAUCCACAGUUUGUUAUUAACAAUGCUGUCUCAAACGUUAUCUGCUGUCUGGUGUUUGGUGAUCGAUUUGAGUAUACGGACCAACAAUUUAAAGAUCUGCUGGGGUUAAUAAAUGAAGCCAUUUAUUUAGAAGGAAGCAGUUGGGCGCAGGUAUACAACGUAUUUCCUUGGAUAAUGCGUAAGGUACCUGGUCCCCACCAAAAAAUAUUUGAAAAUUGGGAUAAGGUGAUCUCCUUUGUGAAGUUGAAAAUUAAGGAACACAAGAAUGAUUGGGACCCAUCAGCACCCAGAGACUACAUUGACUGCUUCCUGGCAGAGAUUGAAAAGUGGAAAAAUGAUGUGGAUGCGGGGUUCAAUGAAGAAAACUUGUGUUUCUGCACUUUGGAUUUAUUUGUGGCUGGAACUGAGACCACAUCCACGACAUUGUAUUGGGGCCUGUUGUUUAUGAUCAAAUGCCCUGAUGUACAAGAAAAGGUGCAUGCAGAAAUAGACCAUGUGAUUGGCCAGUCGCGCUUGCCCUCCAUGACAGACCGACCCAAUAUGCCCUACACUGAUGCUGUGAUCCAUGAGAUUCAGAGGAUGGGAAACAUUUUACCACUGAAUGUAGCCCGUAUGGCUGUCAAAGACACGCAAAUUGGAGAAUACAUCAUACCAAAGGGUACAGUGGUGAUGGCAACUUUAAUGUCUGUGCUCUUUGAUGCGAGUGAGUGGGAGACUCCCCAAACCUUUAAUCCAGGACAUUUCUUGGAUGCAAAAGGGAAUUUAAGAAGAAGGGACACCUUCAUGCCAUUUUCAGCUGGUAAGAGGGUGUGUCUGGGGGAGCAGCUGGCUCGGAUGGAGCUGUUCCUCUUCUUCACGUCUCUCCUCCAGAGAUUCACCUUCUCUCCCCCCCCUGGAGUGGAGCCCAGUCUUGAGUACAGAAUGGGACUCACUCACAGCCCCAAGCCUUACAAGCUCUGUGCUGUCCCCCGCUGAGCAUAAACCCACAUAAACAAAUUCAAAUUUAACAGGAAAAUUAAGUUCCAUCAAAAUGUUGUAUUGAUAAAACAUAACUUCCUUAUGAAAACAAAUACGGUGAUAUCUUAAAGACUUUUUAUGUAUUAUUGCAUUAUAUGUGUAACCGCAAGGUAAAGAUACUGAAUUCCUAUUGGAAAGAUUCAGCAAUUAAGGGAUAAUAAUAGUGCAUAAUAAUGAAAAGAGAAAUUACUUCCCAUAUGUGAUAAUUUGAUAACUUAAAUAAAUUAAAUAAAUUGAAUUGCUGUUCAUUCAAACUGCAAAAGCUUGAAUUUGAAUAAGAAAUACUCCAGCAUGGUUUAUUACUGUAAACAGUGCCAGAGAUGGAGUUUGUUGUUUAUGUUUCAAAUUGUCGACUUUCACACUCAGGGGCCCCUUUGUUAGGUACAACUAGUACUGUUUGCCUCCAGAACAAUACAAUUUUUUGUUGAGCAAGGUGUUAACAUUCCUAAGGGAUUUUGGUCCAUGCUGACUCCAAAGUAUCACAGCGUUCUUCCAUAUAUUUUCAUUAAUGCUGAAAACUGUCACUGUCAUAUUUGUGAAAUCAACUUUAGGUGGUUCCUGCAUUAUGACAUGAUGCAUUGUCUUGUUAAAAGUAUCCAAUUUAGAAAAGAGAAUAGCAUAUCCUAAAUGUAUUGCUGUUCAUGAUGAGAUGAUCUUCUAUUGUCCUUUUAUACUUUAUUUUAUGCUAAUUUUGAUUUGCUCAAAUCACAUCCAAACUCCAUCAUAUCAUUAUGAGUCAUUUCAUCAUGCAUUGUGUCAGUAGUAUAUGAAUAAUUGUGGUGACAUUUAAUAAAGAGGCCUUUCCAAAUAAAGUUGCUGAAAGUGCUUA